AUGUGCAAGAUGGAUUUAGAGUCUAGGUUGCAAAAGUUGUCCCGAAGCCCAACCAGCAAUAUCCAAGAAGCAUUUUUUUGCUGGCUUCUUUGUGAACAAGAACUCUAUCCCUUUCUUCUCACGGCGCUGCAGCUCAACCUUUCUUCUCCGACCGAACAUCAACAUCCGACCACCGCAGAAGAUCGUAUCAUCUCGUCUCUCUCUAAUUCAUCUCUGUCUCAAUCCGCAAACAAGCUUCCUCGACUUCUUCAAUCUCUUUCAUCUACUUCCAUCGUGAAACCUCGGCCGGUGAUCACACCGAAAAGUCUAACAAACUCAGAGUUAUCUGACCUGGUUUUAGAGCCUGGACUUCUGUUAAGAUUGGAUGCCAUUGUUACUGAUGCGGCAAGUCUGGAGAGUAUAUCGCUUAGCAAAUCCCCAGAUAUGAUCUUAAAACCUGUUGCAUACCGCUUUUAG